GUCCAAACAGGAAGGCCAACAGAACACCAACCAACCAAAGGGAAGGAGCAUAGUUUAUUGGAAAACGCGCCGUUACCCGAUUCAGUUAUAAUCACAAAAUUAACCGCUCUUUUAUUCAUGCUUCAAAAUUCAAUUCAAUUAUUAAAAAAAAAAAAACCAUUUCGGAGAAAUCAAGAAUGGCCGGCGAAUCAACGCCGCCGGCAACCGGAAAAACUCUCUCUUCAGGAUCUAUGGAGGUGAAGGAGAGAAGAAAAUGGAUUGUUUCAGCCUCAGAUGUUGUGUCUCAUUUUGGUACAAGUGGAAUGUCUGUUGCUGCUGCAACUGGCAUCACUCAUCCUUUAGAUGUUCUGAAAGUCAGACUGCAGAUGCAACUUGUUGGUCAGAGAGGUCCGUUGGUCGGAAUGGGGAGGCUCUCUCUUCAAGUAGUUGAAAGUGAAGGACUGAGGUCCUUGUAUCUAGGAUUGGCGCCUGCAUUGACGAGGUCAGUUCUUUAUGGUGGUCUCCGUUUAGGAUUAUACGAACCAUCAAAAUAUCUCUGUGAAUUGGCUUUUGAGUCCACCAAUAUCUUGGUGAAGAUUGCAUCUGGAGCAUUCUCAGGGGCCAUUGCCACUGCACUGACCAAUCCUAUGGAAGUCUUGAAGGUACGGAUGCAAAUGAACACAAGAUCACGCUUAGGACCAAUCUAUGAAAUGAGGAGAAUUGCUUCAGAAGAAGGAGUUAGAGCUCUUUGGAAGGGGGUUGGGCCUGCUAUGGCUAGAGCUGCCACGUUGACUGCAUCUCAGUUGGCCACAUACGACGAAUCCAAGCAGGCACUUAUAAAGUAUACUCCCCUGGAGGAAGGAUUUCAUCUUCAUCUCAUCUCAAGUAUCAUUUCAGGGACAGUAAGCACGCUUAUGACAGCACCAAUGGACAUGGUUAAAACCCGUCUUAUGUUGCAGAGAGAAUCAAGUUGUGCUGGAAUGUAUAGAAAUGGAUUGCACUGUGCAUAUCAGGUACUUCGCACUGAAGGUCCUUCUGGCCUAUACAAAGGAGGCCUGGCAAUAUUUACAAGAUUGGCUCCACAAACCAUGAUUACUUUUGUACUCUGUGAGAAGCUUCGUGGGCUGGCUGGACUAAAGGCCAUUUGAUCUUAGGCCAUCUCAUUUCAUCGACGACCAUUUGAGAUACUGAACAGUGAGCACCUCCACUCGUCAAAAAUCAUAUCCAGAAAAGGAAAAAGAAAAUGAUGUUGAAUAUGUACAACCAUUAUAGAGUUUUUUGUUUUGAUAUAGGCUAUAGGUUCUUAACACUUGUGACUAAUAUACCAUCCAUUCUUUUGAAGUGGAAGGAAUGAGAACUUUUCCCUCCACUUGUCAGUUUUACCUCGGGGUCUGGAGUUAUGUUCAAUCAUGUCAAAAUAUCUACUUACAAAUUUUAGAAUGAAUUUAUUUGUGCC